ACUGCUUCCCCUACUUCUUGCGUGCCCAUUUCACAGAGCACGGCUCACGCCUCCGCCGCUGCCGCCGCCGCUCAUCCUCCUCAUCUCCAUCUCCUCCUCCGCCGCCGCCGCUCAUCCUCCAUCUCCUCCUCCUCCUCUACGUAGCCGACGCACGGCUUCCGCCUUCGCCAUUCUUCCUCUUCCAUCACGCCCGGGGCGCCACUCCUCUGCCACGACCAUGUCCGGCGUCUGCCUCCGCCGCCGCCUCUCCUCCACCUCCACCUCCAACACGCCACCCUCACCUUCCUGGUCACCCCAGGCCGCCUUUGCCGCGGCCACGGAGCGCGCCCGCGCCGGAACGCUCAGCCCUCAAGACGCACACCACCUGUUCGACGAAUUGUUUCGGCAGGCCACUCCGGUUCCCGAGCGCUCCCUUGAAGGAUUCCUUGCCGCCCUCGGCCGUGCUGCGUCCUCUGAAGCCUGCAGAGACGGCCCCUCCCUUGCCCUCACUCUCUUCAACCGUCUCUGCCGAGAAGAAGCCGGCCGGCGGGUGGCGCCGCCCACAAUCUACACCUACGGCAUCCUGAUGAACUGCUGCUGCCGCGUGCGUCGUCCAGACCUAGGGCUCGCCUUCUUCGGCCGCCUCCUAAGGACCGGCCUCAAAACAAAUGAGGUCGUCGCCAGCACCCUCCUCAAGUGCCUCUGCUGUGCAAAACGGGCAGAUGAAGCUGUGAACGUGCUGCUUCAUAGGAUGUCCGUCCUCGGCUGUGUGCCUAAUUCCUUCUCAUACAACAUAGUUCUAAAGAGCUUAUGUGAUGACAGCAGGAGCCAGCGAGCGCUCGGCCUGCUCCAGAUGAUGGCAAAAGGAGGUGUCUGCUCCCCCAACGUUCUGUCAUAUAACACAGUCAUCCACGGCUUCUUUAAGGAAGGUGAAAUAGACAAGGCCUGCAAUCUAUUCCAUGAAAUGACGAAGCAAAGGUUUGUGCCUAAUGUGGUGACAUAUAACUCGGUUAUCAAUGCAUUGUGCAAGGCCCGAGCAAUGGACAAUGCAGAGUCGUUCCUUCGGCAGAUGGUUGAUAACGGUGUUCCACCCGAUAAGGUGACAUAUACUAGCAUCAUCCAUGGAUAUUCCACUUUGGGCCGAUGGAAAGAGGCAACUAAAAUGUUCAGAGAAAUGACAAGCAGGGGUCUUAUACCAGAUAUUGUCACUCGGAACUCAUUCAUGGACUCACUCUGCAAGCAUGGAAGAAGCAAAGAAGCUGCAGAAAUUUUCUUUUCCAUGGCUGCAAGGGGCCACAAGCCUGAUAUCGUCUCCUACACUAUUCUUCUCCAUGGGUAUGGCAAUGAAGGAAGCUUUUCUGAUAUGAUGAGUCUCUUUAAUUCAAUGGAAGGCGGCGGUAUUGUGGCCGAUUGCCAAGUUUUCAACAUAUUAAUUGAUGCAUAUGCUAAACGAGGAAUGAUCGACGAAGCUAUGCUCAUAUUUACUGAAAUGCUAGGACAAGGAGUCAAUCCGAGUGUAGUCACCUACUCAACUCUGAUAGCUGCACUUUGCAGAACAGGUAGGCUAGCUGAUGCUAUGGAUAAGUUUAGUCAGAUGGUUGGUACGGGAGUACAACCGGACACAGUUGUUUAUCACUCCCUAAUUCAGGGUUUCUGUACACAUGGCGAUUUGGUCAAAGCGAAGGAAUUGAUUUCUGAAAUGAUGAAUAAAGGUAUUAUUUGUCCAAACAUUGCAUUCUUCAAUUCAAUAGUAGACAGUCUAUGCAAAGAAGGAAGGGUUAUGGAUGCACACCAUAUCUUUGACUUGGUUAAAGACAUAGGUGAGAAACCUGAUGCCAUCAUGUUUAAUACGCUAAUUGACGGAUAUUGCUUAGUUGGUGAGAUGGGCAAAGCAUUCAUGGUACUUGAUGUCAUGACAUCAGCUGGCAUUGAGCCUGAUGCCAUUACGUAUAGUACACUUGUCAGUGGAUAUUGUAAAAGUGGAAGGAUCGAUGAUGGGUUGAUUCUGUUCAGAGAAGAAAUGUUGCAUAAGAAAGUUAAACCAACAAUUGUUACAUAUAACAUCAUAUUGGAGGGGUUAUUUCGUGCUGGGAGAACAGUUGCUGCAAAGAAAAUGCUCCAUGAAAUUAUCGGAAGUGGGACACCUGUGAGCAUGCAUACAUACGACAUAUUUCUUAGAGGACUUUGUAGAAAUAAUUGCGCGGAUGAAGCGAUCGUCCUAUUCCAGAAAUCACGUGCAAUGAAUGUGAAGUUCAAUAUCACAACACUCAAUACCAUGAUUAAUGCAUUCUACAAGGGUGACAGAAGAGAAGAAGCUAAUGAUUUGUUUGCUGCAUUACCAGCCAGCGGGUUGGUGCCUAAUGCUUCCACUUACGGAGUAAUGAUACAAAACCUUCUAAAAGAAGGAGCAGUGGAGGAAGCUGACAAUAUGUUCUCAUCAAUGGAGAAGAGUGGUUGUGCUCCUAGCUCUCGUCUUGUGAAUGAUGUCAUCAGAACUUUAUUGGAAAAGGGGGAGAUAGUCAAGGCCGGAAAAUAUAUGUCUAAAGUUUAUGGGAAGAGCCUAUCACUUGAUGCUUCAACUAGUUCGUUGUUGUUGUCUCUCUUUUCAGGGAAUGGGAAAUAUCGGGAACAAAUACAAUUGCUCCCUGCAAAGUACCAGUUUUUCGGUGGAAUCAGUUGAUGCACUGGACUUGGCAGAUAAGCCUUGUCAUGGUUCGGAGUUCUCUCUCAACGAUGUGGACAAGAGUCUCUUCCAUGCGCUCACCGAGAUUGAGCUGGGUGAUGGUGCCACCAUGGUGUUCUUGGCCGGUGCUUAGCUGCUAGGCGUGCAUCCAAUGUGCAAUGUUCCUAAUCUGCAAGUCUUCUCUACGCAAGGGCUGUAUGGUACGUGAUGCGUUUGAUAAUGGUGGAAAGAUAACUAAUAGUCAGGGGCAUAUCACGGUGGAUGUUAAUACUGAGUUCAUUGAGUUCUUUGCUACUGUAUUAGGCUGUUUUGAGUUCUCUGAACCUGAGCAUAUCUACUGCAUGUUGGGCUGAGGGUAAUUAUAAUGAACCUGAGCAUAUCGAUGGACUAUUCUAUGUUA